CUCCUAUCUGACCCACGAGUAGUACCACUCACACCAACCUCCACCGUUUCGAGCUCCUCUACUUUCACCAACGUGGACUCAAAAACCCCAAUGCGGAGUAUUAUUUACGCACGCUAUAGUCAGUUCAGGCACCUUCAAGCUUGGCAAUUAAUACGAUCUUGGGUAGUAUCCCCGAUAUGAACGAAUGGCAUUGCUACCAAAAAACCAUGCGAGUGAGCUGAGCGGAACCGAGAUGUUUCUUCCGCUUUCACGAUGCUGUCCCUGUUAACCGGGGAAGCUCGCUGCAAUCCUGCCGAGACAAGAUAGCUGUGACCUAUAUAUAAUCAUCUAGUGAUUCCCAACUUAGGUGCAAUGUUUAUAUCUGUUCAAGAGACGUUUGGCGCAGUGGGGGCGCUCUUAUACCCCUGACCUGGCGUUGCUUGUUCCUCAAGCCAACUAUACAAUUCGCGAUGCGCCUGCAACCUCGAAGAUAUCCUUUGCUGUCCGUAGUGGCUGGGCUUAUGCCCUUUGCGCACGCCCUCGGACAGCAGCAGAUCAUCAGCUUUACCAGUAGCGACGGCGCUAUUCAAGUAGCCGGAGGAUCGAUUUCUCAGCCCCAGAUUCGAGUUUCAAGCAACGAUUACUGGGGAGUCAUUCGCGCUGCUGGUGAUCUCGCCAAUGACUUUGGUCGAGUAACGGGAACCAACUUCACACUAAGCAACGGCGAACCCGGUGCUGAGCCGGCGUCAUACGAAUAUAGACCAAUUACGCGGAAUUACACGCAUUAUUCGGUUAAUGAUACGCAAUACUUUCGCGGUCCCGACUAUGCCGAUCCGUCGGCUGAAAGUACCGUCAUAAUUGCUGGAACGUUGGGUCAUUCAAAAGUAAUCGACGAGUUGGUCGACGCUGGAAAGCUCAAUGUUUCGGGCAUCGAAGGAAAGUGGGAAUCAUUUACUACUAAGAUCGUCAAAGAUCCAGUCGAGGGAUGCCCAAAAGCAGUUGUCAUAGCGGGCAGCGACCCUCGAGGCACCAUCUUCGGCAUUUACGACAUCAGCGAGCAGAUUGGUGUUAGCCCAUGGUACUGGUGGGCCGAUGUCCCCGUCAAGCAGUCCAAAGAGAUAUAUGUUUUGCCGGAAGAUAAGGUCCAAGGAUCUCCCUCGGUCAAAUAUCGCGGGUUUUUUAUCAAUGACGAGCAACCCGGAUUAUCGGGAUGGGUCCAAUGGAACUACCCGGAUACGCCCUACGGAGUUGGUUACAAUGCCGAUUUCUAUUCAAACGUGUUUGAGCUCCUCCUUCGAUUACGAGCAAAUUACCUAUGGCCGGCUCUUUGGGGUACCAUGUUCGAGAUUGAUGACCCGGCAAAUCAGCCGCUGGCUGACGCGUGGGAGAUCGUUCUCGGAAGCUCUCAUACGGAACCGAUGAUGCGCGCGCAGAACGAAUUCGGCACGUUCUACAUUAACAAGGGCCUCGGUCCCUGGGCAUAUAAUCUCAAUAACAAAACUAUCGACGAGUACUUCGUGUAUGGAGCUCAGCGGGCGAAACCUUAUGCUCGUAAUAGUUUAUGGACUAUGGGCAUGCGAGGAACUGGUGAUACGGCUAUCGAAGGAUUAGGUGUCGAAGUAAUUGUCGAGAUGUUGGAAACUCUGGUCCGCAACCAACGGGCCAUCAUCGAAGACGUGCUUGAUAUCAAAGCCACCGAAGCCCCUCAGUUAUGGUGUCUAUAUAAGGAAGUCAUGUCGUAUAUCCUCCAGGGUCUAACAAUUCCGGAGGAUAUUACUCUUCUUUGGGCGGAUGAUAAUUGGGGUAAUAUCCGAAGAGUCCCAAUCGACAACGAGACGUCGCGAUCUGGAGGGGCUGGGGUCUAUUACCACUUUGACUACGUGGGCGAUACCCGGAACUACAAAUGGAUCAAUACUAUCCAACUGGAGAAGACAGCGGAGCAGAUGCAGCUCGCAUAUUCUCACGGUGCUGAUCGGAUAUGGAUCGUCAACGUUGGCGAUCUGAAGCCUUUAGAGAUCCCGCUCAGCCAUUUCCUAGACAUGGCAUACGAUAUCGAUCAGUGGGGUGUAGAUGGCGUGACGGACUGGACUCUUGCUUGGGCGACUCGCGAAUUUGGGCCCGAGCAUGCCGCAGCUAUUACGGAAACCAUGACGCGCUUCGGCAUGUUCGCCGCGAGGAGGAAAUUUGAACUAGUAGAGCCUUACGUCUAUUCGGUCGUCAAUUACAACGAAGGCGAUGCGAUAUUAGGCCAAUGGCAAGGUCUGGUUGAUGAUGCUGAAGCUAUUUACGACCUAUUAGACGAAGCCUACCAGCCGGCUUUCUUCGAAAUGAUCCUCCAUCCUAUUCUCGGCGGUCAAAUUAUUCACCAAGUCCAUAUCGGCGCGGCAAAGAAUAUGGUUUAUGCGAACCAGCACCGAAAUGCGGCGAACGAUCUUAUCUCCCAGGUCCUAUCGAGUUUCAAUGCCGACGGAAACCUCACAGCGAGAUGGGAUAGUAUAUUAGACGGAAAGUGGGAGAGGAUUCUAGAUCAAACUCACUUCGGAUAUGACGGCUACUGGCAGCAGCCGAUGCGAAAUGUCCUUCCAGCUAUGGCUUACGUCCAAACCGCGGUAUCUUCUAUAGCCGGCAACGUAGGUAUCGCCGUGGAAGGAUCGAACGCUAGCAUUCCAGGUGACGACAAGUAUCACAGUAACUCAGGCAAUACUCUCGUGCUCCCACCGUUAGACCCUUACGGACCGGCGACACGGUGGUUUGACGUAUUCUCUCGGGGUACGUUGAACUGCGACUGGUCAGCCGAAACGGAUAUUUCUUGGGUUAAACUGUCACGAUAUAAUGGGACUGUUGGCCCGGAUAAUGGUACGGAUUCCCGCGUCUUCGUUUCGAUAGACUGGGAGAAUGCACCGAAAAUUGUCAACGACACCGUAGCCAAUAUAAACUACUCGGCGGGUUGCGGUCGCGAAGGCUUCGCAAAUUGGUAUGGCAAACCAAUCGUGCAACUUCCUAUUAAUCUACGAACCGUCCCUUCAAAUUUUACACAAGGGUUUGUCGAGUCGGACAAGCACGUCGCCAUCGAAGGGCCGAAUUAUCAACGUAUCUACACCCCGGCCAGUGUAGCGACAGACUCGAAGGUCGAGUAUCGUACGCUGAAGAAUUACGGGCGCACGCUCGGCGGGGUGACUCUCUGGCCCCAGACCACACCUCCGCAAACCACCGAGUCGGCCCCGGCUCUCGAAUACGACUUAUAUCUAUUUACCAACAUCUCGAAGGCUAACGUCACGCUUUACCUUUCGCCUACCCAGAACUACCUCUCGGAUAAGACGCCUAUCGCGUUUGCCGUAUCUCUAUUCCCCGCAGAUGCAGAGCAGGCCGAACCGCAGGUCGUCCGCUUCGUAGGCGAGAGCGUCGGCGCGGGCAUGCCUCCCGGCUGGGGACGCGCGGUCGCGGAUUCCAUCUGGGGGCUCGCGCCGGGGCAUAACACGACGACGACAUGGAACGUCGCGCAGGAAGGGGCGUACAAGCUUAGGGUCUGGGGACUAGCGCCGAGCGUGAUCGUGCAGAAGAUCGUGCUGGACCUAGGCGGCGUUCGGCCUAGCUACCUCGGCCCCCCCGAGAACUUCCUCGUCGGGAGGGACGAGCUGGGCGUUUACACGCAGACGAGCUUUGCGGAGGGGCCGGGGGUGCUCGGCGGAACGGCGAACAAAGGUGAGAGACUUGGCCGAGAGCACGUUUGAUGUCUAGAUUUUGUUUCGUAUAACCACCCCAUUGAAAGGAAAUUCUCAUUUUUGUUUCCAACUUACGGACUAUUUGUUUACAGCUCUGAUAUGAUAUUAUGAUGAUGCCCGAUGAUAUUGAGAGGUACGGAUCCGUAAACAUAACCUUAUUCAGUACAGGUACCUAAGGUUUGAUUAUCAGUGCGACCUGUUUUCAAGAUUGAAGAUUAUGGGGCAUCGUAGCAUUAACUUUUUUCACCUUGUUGUCCUUGUUGUAAGGCAUGAACUUUUCGUAAAUUAGAUCUCAACACUUAUCUAUAUUCUUCCUAG